UGUUUUACUUCGGCUCCGGCCACAGAGACACAUGUUUCACUUCAGUUCUAGUUACUGUGACUACAUGUCACAUACUUUACCUCGGCUCCGGCCAUCAUGACUCCAGUCAUCAUAUUUUAUCACGGCUCCGGGCACUACGACUCCGGGCACUACGACUCCGGUCACUAUGACUCCGGUCAUUAUCUUAUCAUGACUCCGGUUACUUCAGAAUACAAGCGCGGACUGAAGAAGGACUUCGGGUUUGGUGCAAUUACAGUUCUUGAAUUUGGUAGUUGCCGUGAGUCUUCCAUUUCUGUUCCCCGUCGGCUUCCUUCCCAGCCGAACCCAGUGCUGCUCGCCAGAAUUUUCUGGUAUGAUGGACAGCUUCAUUUAAGUCCAAAUUUCAUCUAAUUGGUGGUUGCUUUGCUGAAUUUGGUCCUUGUGUGGUUGCCCUGUGAUUGUCCGAAUGUUGCCAAGGAAAAAAAUGGAAGAUUUCGGCAGCUUUAAUUGUGUUUUUAGUUAAUUCAUGUAGGAAUUAGUUUAAUUAGGCUGCUAUGAUGUUUUGGAGAGAAAAAUCCCGUGUGUGUGAGUUGUGGUUUGCCAACCCAUGCUCUCCAUGUGCUGCCCGUAGUGAUACCCGACACAUAGGGAGCCAGGGGAGUGACGAGCUAGACAGCUAGGCAUUAUUUUGGAUUUAGAUUUUUGGGAGUUAAGCCGCUAGUCUCACAUGGUUGACUCAAAUAACCAUUUUUGUGUACAGAGUUUCCUUGGUUAUAGCCAUGACCAUUUAUAAACUUUUGUAAAUCUG